UCCAGCCGCCAGCGCUUAAGCCCAGCACCCAGCAAGCAGCAUCUCGUUCCGGGGACCAGGGCUGCGCAUCCCCUCCCCAACCUCCCCCGCCUCCCGCGCUCGCUCGCUCCCUCCCCGCUCGCUUCCUCCCCCACCUUCGCAGCGCUGGGAGGAAGGCGGCCGGGGCUCAAGAUGGCUUUAGCCGGGCUCUGCGCCCUGCUCGCCUGCUGCUGGGGGCCGGCGGCGGUGCUGGCCACAGCCGCUGGCGACGUGGACCCAUCCAAGGAGCUGGAGUGCAAGCUCAAAAGCAUCACGGUGUCGGCGCUGCCCUUCCUGCGCGAGAACGACCUGAGCAUCAUGCACAGCCCCUCGGCCUCCGAGCCCAAGCUCCUCUUCUCUGUGCGCAACGACUUCCCGGGAGAAAUGGUUGUGGUGGAUGACCUGGAGAACACCGAGCUGCCCUACUUCGUGCUGGAGAUCUCAGGGAACACGGAGGACAUCCCUCUGGUACGCUGGAGGCAGCAGUGGUUGGAGAACGGCACUCUGCUUUUUCACAUUCAUCAUCAAGAUGGUGCCCCGAGCCUCCCUGGACAAGAUCCAACUGAAGAGCCCCAACAUGAGUCAGCAGAAGAAGAGCUGAGGAUUCUCCACAUCUCAGUCAUGGGAGGCAUGAUCGCCCUGCUGCUGUCCAUCCUGUGCCUGGUGAUGAUCCUGUACACUCGCCGGCGCUGGUGCAAGCGCCGCCGUGUCCCCCAACCCCAGAAGAGUGCCAGUGCUGAGGCUGCCAAUGAGAUUCACUACAUCCCGUCAGUGCUGAUCGGUGGGCAUGGCAGGGAGAGUCUGCGCAACGCCCGCGUUCAGGGCCACAACUCCAGUGGCACCCUGAGCAUCCGGGAGACACCCAUCCUGGAUGGCUAUGAGUAUGACAUCACUGACCUGCGCCACCACCUGCAGAGGGAGUGCAUGAACGGAGGGGAAGACUUUGCCAGCCAGGUCACACGCACCCUGGAGUCCCUGCAAGGCUGCAAUGAGAAGACAGGAAUGGACCUCACUCCAGGAAGUGACAAUGCCAAGCUGUCUCUGAUGAACAAGUACAAAGAUAACAUCAUCGCCACCAGCCCCGUGGACUCCAACCACCAGCAGGCCACUCUGCUCUCCCACACCUCCAGCAGCCAGAGAAAGCGGAUAAACAACAAAGCAAGAGCUGGAUCUGCCUUCCUGAACCCUGAAGGUGAUUCUGGCACUGAGGCUGAGAAUGACCCCCAACUGACCUUUUACACUGACCCCUCCCGGAGCCGGAGGCGCAGUAGAGUGGGAUCUCCCCGGAGCCCUGUGAACAAGACCACCUUGACGCUGAUCAGCAUCACCAGCUGUGUGAUUGGCCUCGUGUGCUCCUCCCACGUCAGCUGCCCCCUCAUUGUCAAAAUCACCCUGCACGUCCCCGAGCACCUGAUUGCUGAUGGGAGCCGCUUCAUCUUGCUGGAGGGGAGCCAACUGGAUGCCAGCGACUGGUUGAACCCUGCCCAAGUGGUGCUUUUCUCUCAGCAGAACUCCAGUGGGCCCUGGGCCAUGGACCUCUGUGCCAGGCGCCUCCUGGACCCCUGUGAACAUCAAUGCGACCCUGAAACUGGGGAAUGCCUCUGCUAUGAAGGUUACAUGAAGGAUCCAGUGCACAAGCACCUUUGCAUUCGGAACGAAUGGGGAACAAACCAGGGGCCUUGGCCUUACACGAUAUUUCAGCGAGGCUUUGACCUGGUUUUGGGAGAGCAGCCUUCUGAUAAAAUAUUCAGGUUUACCUACACCCUCGGGGAGGGCAUGUGGUUGCCCCUCAGCAAGAGCUUUGUCAUCCCACCAGCUGAACUGGCCAUCAAUCCAUCAGCAAAGUGUAAGACGGACAUGACGGUGAUGGAGGACGCUGUGGAGGUCAGAGAGGAACUGAUGACCUCGUCCUCCUUCGACAGCCUGGAGGUUCUCUUGGAUUCCUUCGGGCCAGUUCGCGACUGCAGCAAGGAUAAUGGAGGCUGCAGUAAGAAUUUCCGCUGCAUCUCAGACCGCAAGCUGGACUCCACAGGUUGUGUGUGCCCCUCCGGACUCAGCCCCAUGAAGGACAGCUCUGGCUGCUAUGACCGCCACAUCGGGGUGGACUGCUCGGACGGUUUCAACGGCGGCUGCGAACAGCUGUGUCUCCAGCAGAUGGCGCCCUUCCCAGAAGACCCCGCCUUGUACAACAUCCUCAUGUUCUGCGGGUGCAUUGAGGAUUACAAGCUUGGUGUGGAUGGACGUUCUUGUCAACUCAUUGCGGAGACAUGCCCUGAAGGAAGUGACUGUGGGGAGAUCAGGGAGCUUCCCAUGAACCAGACCCUCUUUGGGGAGAUGUUCUUUGGUUACAACAACCAUUCCAAGGAGGUGGCUCCGGGACAAGUACUGAAAGGAACAUUCAGGCAAAACAACUUUGCUCGAGGGUUAGAUCAGCAACUACCAGAUGGUCUUGUGGUGGCCACAGUCCCCCUGGAAAAUCAGUGCCUGGAGGAAAUCUCAGAGCCCACCCCUGAUCCCGACUUCCUAACUGGGAUGGUGAACUUCAGCGAGGUGUCGGGGUACCCGGUGCUGCAGCACUGGAAGGUCCGGUCUGUGAUGUACCACAUCAAACUCAACCAAGUGGCGAUCUCUCAGGCCCUCAACAAUGCUCUCCACUCCCUUGAUGGGGCUACAUCUCGUGGGGAUUAUGUGGCUUUGUUGGACCAGUUUGGCAAUCAUUACAUCCAGGAAGCCAUAUAUGGCUUUGAGGAGUCCUGCUCCAUCUGGUACCCAAACAAGCAGGUCCAGCGGCGACUCUGGCUGGAAUAUGAAGACAUCAGCAAAGGCAACUCCCCAUCCGAUGAGUCAGAGGAGCGGGAAAGAGACCCCAAGGUGCUGACGUUCCCGGAAUACAUCGCCAGCCUGUCAGAGUCUGGCACCAAGCGCAUGGCAGCUGGAGUUCGCAUGGAGUGCCAGAGCAAGGGACGAUGCCCCUCCUCCUGCCCCCUGUGUCAUGUCACAUCCAGCCCUGACACCCCUGCUGAGCCAGUUCUGCUGGAGGUGACCAGAGCAUCCCCCAUCUAUGAAUUAGUGACCAACAACCAGACUCAGAGGCUCUUGCAGGAGGCCACCAUGAGUUCUCUCUGGUGCUCGGGGACGGGAGACGUCAUCGAGGACUGGUGUCGUUGUGACUCCACUGCUUUUGGAGCUGAUGGACUCCCCACCUGUGCGCCUCUCCCACAACCCGUGCUGAGACUCUCCACCGUUCACGAGCCCAGCAGCACUCUUGUGGUACUGGAGUGGGAACACUCAGAGCCACCAAUUGGGGUGCAGAUUGUUGAUUACCUCAUCCGGCAAGAAAAGGUCACAGACAGGAUGGACCACUCCAAAGUGGAGACAGAAACGGUGCUGAGCUUUGUGGAUGACAUCAUCUCUGGAGCCAAGUCCCCUUGUGCCAUGCCCUCUCAGGUGCCAGACAAGCAGCUCACCACCAUCUCGCUCAUCAUACGAUGCCUGGAACCAGACACCAUCUACAUGUUCACCUUGUGGGGCGUGGACAACACCGGACGUCGCUCCAGGCCAAGUGACGUGAUCGUGAAGACCCCUUGCCCCGUAGUGGAUGAUAUCAAAGCCCAAGAAAUAGCAGACAAAAUCUACAAUCUCUUCAAUGGCUAUACCAGUGGGAAGGAACAACAGACAGCCUACAAUACCCUUCUGGAUCUGGGUUCUCCCACCCUACAUCGAGUCCUCUAUCACUACAACCAGCACUAUGAGAGUUUUGGAGAAUUCACCUGGCGAUGUGAGGAUGAAUUAGGCCCCAGGAAAGCUGGUCUCAUCCUCUCUCAGCUUGGGGACCUCAGCAAUUGGUGCAAUGGACUCCUUCAGGAACCCAAGAUCAGCUUGCGACGCAGCUCCCUCAAGUACCUGGGCUGCCGCUACAGCGAGAUCAAGCCCUAUGGACUCGACUGGUCAGAGCUCAGCCGGGACCUAAGGAAGACAUGUGAGGAGCAGACCCUGAAUGUUCCCUACAACGAUUACGGGGACAGCAAAGACAUCUAGUGCCACAAUGCCUGAGAGCAGCUGCUGAAAGGAAGCAGGAGAGAUGAGGGGGACAUCUGGAUUUUUGUGUGAAUUUUUAAUAUUUUUAAUGGAACAUUAAAACCUCGGCAGGCAACAUCUAAGGGAGAAGGUGAUCCCUGCUCCCCGCUGAACUCCUUCAGUGUGAUGUUCUCCAUCUGCAUGACCGGUAAACUCCCCCAUCCAGCAGCUUCACACAGUGCCAUUUCUCUUUGGGGGCUUAAUUUGGAGUUUGUUUUGCAGUUGAUUUAUUUAAUUCAUUUUCCUCAAGAGCUUCAUCAGAACUCUCGAGUGUUCUGUCAUGCUUUUCACGAAAGAUCCACCAGGUUGAACCACCUUGGGCUCACUGGGUUUUGAGUCCAUUACAUCUGGGGACAAAGAUGAGACCAGAGAGUUGUUAGACCAACCUCAGAUCCCUGCCCCAGGCAAAACUCAAGAAGCAACUCACUCUGGGAUCCUAGAUCCUUUUCACAGAGAAAUACAAGAAAACUGAGCAUGGGCCCCUGUGUAGGUCUCAUGGAUUCCCUCAAACCCCGCCCGCCUUUCUAUUGCUAUCUUCACACCUCGCAGGUUUCCCUACCUUGAGGGUGGGAGGGGCUCCUACAUUUUAAGGUCUUCCCCUGUUUUAAGACAGGACUGGAAUCAAAUGUCCCUCCAGCAGAUCUCUGUCCUCUCCUCAGUGUCAUCUUUUAAGAGACAAACUAUCGAAAGCACCUAAGAGAUACCUGCCUGGGAGAUUAGUUGGCUGUCCACAUUCUAGAAAAGAAGAGGCGUUUGUUGUUUUAUAAAACACUGGUGCCUCCAAGGUAAACUUCUCCAGACCACCAGUGUAGAUCUCGUGCCUGGAUGCUUUGUAGGUCCCCUGCCUCAUACCUGGACAGCUAAGGCAUUGUUGAUGUCUGCUCUGCUCCAGGUGAGAUCAGUACUCCCUGUCAUUGUUUUAGUGAACUAAAGUCAUUAUUGAUCACAAGUUUCCCUCCCCCACCCUCCUUGCUAAAUUUGCUUAAUUAUGUUGCUGCUUUUGCAAUCAUCUCUCCAGAUAAUCAUCAGCAGAAGGAAGCCGCCAUUUUCACCUCCAUCUAAUUGCUGAGAGUAGCAGAGGAUCUGUGUAGGCAAAAUCCACUGACCAGAGUAAGGGCCAGUCAUGGUUUCUGCCCCCCUGCCUGAAGGUGGGGACCAGGCUGCUGGGAAGCCCAGGCUUUCAGAAGGGGACACCCAGGUUUGGGGACCAGCAAUGGCCUUAGCCUUCCCUACAUACCUCAGAGCCUGAACACAUAUUUUCAGCCACCCUGGCUUUGACCUAGGCUCCUCAUUUGGAAACAUAAGAGAAAGGUCAGGAAGGAGAUGCAGGAUCUGUGAGGUCAGUCACUGUGCUCUACUGAGUUUCCUUUCUAAAUAUUAACAGCAACACAUUGAUUGAGUGUUUACUAUGUGCCAGGCAUGCCCUAGCAUUUGCCAUAUAUUGCUGAACUCUCACCCCACCCAGGAGAGUGCUGUUCUCUAGUCCACUUUAGUGAGGGGAAACUAAGGAAAAGCCAACUCUUCAUUACUCUUGCCUGAGCUACAGGUUGUCAGACAGUCCAAGGAUUUUAACUCCUCUGCCAUCCUCUGCAUUGUCCACAGUAUUGCCUGAGGCUGGCAGCUGUCUGAGAACUAAGCUCCACAGGGGAUCUGCCCACGGGCAUUCCCUUUUGCGGAGCUCCCAGUGCAGAAGCACCUGCCUGUGUGGUGGUCAGAGCAGGAGCCCGAGUGCCCCCUGAGCCUCUGCAGAGAGUGCCCCUUUGGAGCCACUGGGUCUGCAGCCCAGGCUUAGCCCUGGGAGCCUGGGCAGAGCCUGGAGCAGGACUGCAGCCACAGGAAGCUCUCACCCCCUUUUGGAGUCCCUCCCUAGAAAGAAUGUCAGGCUUAUUUCACACUGUGGAAUCCACCAGUCUUAGAGAUGACCCCAUUCUUGAGCAAAGGCUAGCAGAAAGCUGUACACCUGUGACUGAGGCAGAGUCUCAGGUAAAAUGCCUCGAGGAACAAGGUCCUCACCAUUUGACCAUCCCCAGAAGGGAGGAUGCUGCAGACCCCCAAUCACCCACUGGAUAGAGGCCCCAGGGGGCUGUCUUUUACCACCACUACUGCAUUACUGACUUUUUAUUCAAAUCUUCAAGGAAAGCAGCUUCUAGCAGGUUAGCGGGGUGACACCAAGGCCACCCCUAUCUUCCCGCUACCCGGGGGUGGGGGGGGGGCGACAUGGAGCUGGUAGGCAGGAAGGAGGAAGGAAUGAUGCCCUUCUUUGUCCCCUCCUUCUGCUUUUAUCAAGAUAAGAGGCUCGCUAACUCCGCGCCUCCCUUUCUCUUCUCCCCUCUCCCAAGUCCCCCCCACCUCUUUUCAUCUACUCUUUCUCUCUUCACCUGUGUGUGACCCUUCCUCCCUUCUUCCCUCCUCGCCAGGAUUCUCUUUCUUCUUCCAUUUCCUGUGCCCUCCUCACUGCACACAUGUGCACACGCACCACACACACACUGUGCACACACACCUCAUGACUGCACAUGCCACACAUACUACACACACUGCACAUACUACACACCAUGUACACAUAUGCUGUAUAUGCACAUAGACGUGCCACACAUGCCAUACACACACCACACUUAUACUCUACACACAAUAUAUACACACCACACACCACACAACUCUAUAUACAUACUUUAUACACAUAUUAUAUACACGUUGUGCACAUAUGCUAUAUAUGUGUGCUGUACACACCACAUACACACUGCUCACACUAUACAUACACUAUAAUUACAGCGCAGACAUACCACACAAAUGCACUACACACGUUAUACACAAACUACGCACACCACACACAUACUCCAUAUACUCCACAUGCCAUACAUACAGACUGUGCACCCAGCCUUAUACCUGGAUCCCCUUUACUUCAAAGUUAAAAGGAAGGCCACUGUGAGUGGGGCAGAAAGACAUCUUGGGAUCCCCUAAGGCUCUAACUGCAAAACUUCUGCUCUAGGAAGACACUAUUGCCCACACCAUAACGACAUUCCCCAAAGCAUGCCUGGAAGAAGUCAUUCUGACUAGAAAGAGGUGGUGGGACUAGACCAGUAUUAAACCCUGAGCUUCCACUCUGCCAAACAAGUCUGAGUCGUUUCUGUCCACCGGCCUCUGCCUGUGUCGGCUCCCCCUAGCACCAGUUCCUCUUGAAUGUACAUGACCCACUGUCAUAGCAUUAGACCUCUAACUGAGUGCAAUCAAUUUCCAUGGAGUCUGGUCCACUCAUUUUUAUUUCAUUAACCACACUUCUUGAUAUUCAAAUGUUCUAUUAAAAACUGAGUAUGAAAAGACCCACUUUACUACUGUAGAAGGAAGAAAGAAUUAGUGUGACCAACUUCAGGUGUAACAGUAUUGUUGAAAAGAGAAUUAUUGUAUGAUUAUAAAAAUGGAAUAAUCAACUAAAUAAUAAACAAAAAUGUUAGUAAGGGUUGGGUGUGUUGUUGUUACCUGUGUCUUUCAAUCAUCAGAGUGAUCUGCUUGGACCAAACAGAGAACUCUAAACAUUUUUAAAUGUUACACUUUAGAUGAUAAACACAUGGGCCUUAGAGCCCAUCAUCCUGACUAGAAAAUAAAGUUAAAUGCUUCACAGCAGAUUAUAAACUUAUUGUUGUGUAGUAGUGAUUCUCAC